AGUUGAUAUAGCUCUGACGUCAAUGCGUUCCUGAGCAUGCCUACAAGGCUUGAAAAUAAACAAAGACCGAAAGCGGGCGAUUGAUCAUUAAGCUGCCAUAAACUUAACUUAAAAUACUUUUGAAGACAUUUUUAGGUACUACAAACCCCCAGCAUCUGAAGAAAGACGUCUCUACAGCCAUGGAAAACGCAUUGUUGAUGCGAGUGAGUGUUUUUUCCGAUCAGGGAGGCAGAAAAUACAUGGAGGAUGUUACCGAGGUAGUAAUGGAGCCUGAGCCGGGGGAAGACGAGCUGAACUCGGACGAACAAGAUGAGACCAAAGGGAAUAGCUCGACGGCCGACAUUGUGCCGGAAAAGCCUGAAAAGGAGCAGCAAGAUCGGACUGCACUCAACGCACUGAACGAUCCUCUAUCUGCCUCUGCAUCCACUACAGUUACAUGGACACAAAAUGUACAAAAUGGGAACCAACGUUUUGCAGCUGCUGCACUGGCAGGAUCGAAAGUGGAGAGUACUCCGGCUGCGACCAAGAGCGAUAACCACCCCCAGCGCUCAGUGGCUUUCUUCGCGGUGUUUGAUGGCCACGGAGGCCGCGAAGCAGCGCAAUUCGCAAGGGACUAUUUGUGGGAAUUCAUCAAGAAACAGCGGGGCUUUUGGUCCAAGGAUGACGAGGAAGUGUGUGCAGCUAUUCGGAAAGGUUUCGUUGCCUGCCACCAUGCCAUGUGGAAAAAGCUACCCGAAUGGCCCAAGACUUUCACAGGGUUACCCAGCACCUCAGGCACCACGGCCAGUGUAGUGGUCAUCCGGGGGGACCGAAUGUACGUGGCUCACGUAGGAGACUCUGCCAUAGUGCUGGGGGUCCAGGAUGACCCCACAGACCAGUUCAUCAGGGCCGUGGAGGUUACACAGGACCACAAACCUGAGCUGCCUAAGGAGAGAGAACGCAUCGAAGGGCUGGGGGGCAGUGUGAUAAAGAAGUCUGGUGUGAACCGGGUGGUGUGGAAGAGACCCAGGCUGACUCAUAACGGGCCCGUCCGGAGGAGCACCGUCAUCGACCAGAUCCCGUUCCUGGCUGUGGCCAGAGCUCUAGGGGACCUGUGGAGCUAUGACUUCUACAGCGGAGAGUUUGUAGUGUCCCCGGAGCCAGACACCUGUGUUCUGACCCUUGACCCCUAUAAACACCGGUACAUCAUCCUGGGUAGUGACGGGCUGUGGAACAUGGUGCCCCCCCAGGACGCCGUCUCCAUGUGCCAGGACAACGAUGAGGCCAUGGCGCCGUGCGGGGUGUCCAGCGCUCGCCAGCUGGUGAGCCACGCCCUCCUGCGGUGGCGCCAGAGGAUGCUGCGUGCGGACAACACGUCGGCCAUCGUGAUCGCCCUGCAGGAGCCGGGCGUCCCUCAGGAACCCCUCCACCAUGAGGAGGUGCUGCUGAACCUGGCCGAGGGACAACACUGUGGCCCCGCAUCGGACUCCCGCUCCAACACACCACUCAUCAAGGUUCCAGACAUGGACAUGUCGUCUGCUGUGUGUGAGCUCCUCCCGACCCUGGAGAGACGAAACGGCCUAUCAGGGAGCAGCCUGUACGCCUUGGCCCUAUCAGAUCCCUUCGGCCCGCCCCUCUCUGACUCGGAUGACGACUCCCGCACCAGGUUUCCCUUGAUGACCGACAGCCCCGCCCCGGGGGAGAAGCUUAGUGAUGUCAAUGCCAGGACGCCCGGCGGCAAACGGACGCUGGCUGAGACGUCGCCCAACCCCGUCCCGUCUGCCAAGAGGAGCCGGAGGAAGAAUGGCGAGACAACACCGGUGGGAGCGGCGACGGGGGUGGCGGGGGCAAAAGACGGUGGAGGAAAGGACCAGAAACAGUCUCCAACUCCGCCCCCUGCGCUACUCCAACAGCAACACGGCAAGACCACCGUGUGUGUGUGCUGAGAGACACACACACAUUCUCUCUCUCUCACACACACACACACACACACACACACACACACACACACACACACACACACACACACACACACACACACACACACACACACACACACACACACACACACACACACACACACACUCUCUCUGCAGACGGAUGGACCCUCCUCAACAUACAUACAAACAGGGAUACAAGACGGACAGUAACAUUCUGCUGCUUCGCCAGACUUUUUACAAAUGACUGAGAGACCGGCCGCUCCCGGCCGAGAGACCGGCCGCUCCCGGCCGAGAGACCGGUCGCUCCCAACUGAGAGACCGGUGACUUUCAGUAAGGUCACUACAAUGAGGUCAUCAUACCAUUUGUCCAUGUCAGUCCAGUGUGGGCAUUUAGUUCACUAGUCCCUGGUCUCUUUUGUCUUACUCUGUUCCCCCGGAUGGUGGAGAAUGAUUUUUAAGUGGUGGUCUGUCAUUUUUAAAUAAUUUUUUAACACCUGUAAGUAACUCUGAUGCAAACGAAGGGUAACAUUUUCUGUCUGCAAAACGGCUCUUGCAACACGUCCAAAGUGUUGGGGUCCAAAACAUUUGUGGUCCAGGAGCAUUUCCAAACAGAGAUUGGACUUCCACGUCUGGUGAUUGCAUCACAUGAAACACAUCUCCCCAGUCUUUAAGUCCACAUAAAGUUACAGGAUACUGUAUCUCUCUCACUUUGAUGUGAAGGAUUGAUUUUGUUCAGUGCUGUUUUGUGGACAGAAAAUCAUCCCAAAGUAUGAAUUUAUCCAAUCUGUAAAUAUAAUCUUGACGUGGGUUCAUUGAUAAGUACAUGUGUUACUUACUUUAAGUAAAGCAAUAUAUUUUUUAUACAUUGUUUUAUUUUACUAUUGUAGAAGCUAUAGAAGAGAAUAGCCUACCAUUUUGGAUUAGUUUCCACCAUCUCCUAAAUUCACCCUUUGACCUAGUUAUCUCUCUUCUCUUGAUAUUUGUCAUCGUCUUGAUAUUCUCUCACAGCAUUCAAUCCCUCUAUCCUUCAUGACUUACUAUUCUGAACCUGGUUUUUACAUGUCAUUUAAAUGUGUUGUGUUUUCUAUUGUGUGUUUUUUUUUUUACUGACAUUUUAAUGAGAUCAAUUUGAACAUUCAUCCCAGACUGAAGGUGCUGUUACGUUAAACCAGUAACCGAAAUGAACUUUACUGAACAAAAAUAUAAACGCAACAUGCAACAAUUUCAAAGAUUUUACUGAGUUACUGUUUUUUGAGGAAAUCAGUCCAUUGACAUAAAUAAAUUAGGCCCUUAUCUAUGGAUUACACAUGACUGGGAAUACAGAUAUGCAUCUGGUUACAGAUACCUUAAAAUAAAAUGGGCCUCCGGAUCUCGUCACUGUAUUUCUGUGCAUUCAAAUCACCAUCGAUUAAAUUGCAAUGGUUUGUUGUCCGUAGCUUAUGCCUGCCCCAUACCAUAACCCCACUGGCACCAUGGGGCACUCUGGUCACAACGUUGAUAUCUGAAAACUGCUCCGGGUUCGAUCCCAGGCUGUCACAACUGGCUGUGACCAGAGUCCCAUAGGGAAGCUCACAAUUGGCCCAGCGUUGUCCGGUUGGGGGGGGGGCGGGGGGCCUUUACUCCUUUACUUGGCUCAUCGCGUUCUAGCGACACCUUGUGGCAGGCCGGGUGCCUGCAGGCUGACCUCGGUCGUCAGUUGAACUGUGUUUUCCUCCGACACAUUGGUGCGGCUGGCUUCCGGGUUCAAAUUUUAAGCCGGGAAGGUGUUAAGAAGAGCGGUUUGGCGGGUCAUGUUUCAGAGGACACAUGACUCGACCUUUCACCUCUCCUAAACCCAUUGGGGGAGUUGCAGCGAUGAGACAAGAUUGAAAUUGGGGAGGAAAAGGGGGAUAAAAAUACAACCUCAAAAAAAUCUAAUAAUAAAAGAACCGCUCGCCCACACGACGCCUUACACCGUGGUCUGAGGCCAGUUGGACGUAUAGUGUCAAAUGAUCUAAAACGAUGAUGCAACAGCUUUGGUGGAUAUUCCUGAGGUCACCAUGCCAACUGCACUCUCCCUCAACUUUGAGACAUCUGUUGUAUUGUGUUGUUGUGACAACUGCACAUUUUUUAGAGUGGUAUUUUUUUUAUUGUCCCCCAGCACAAGGUGCACCUGUGUAAUGAUCAUGCUGUUUAUUAAUCAACUUCUUGAUAUGCCACACCUGUCAGGUGGAUGGAUUAUCUUGGCAAAGGAGAAAUGCUUCAUAACAGGAAUAUAAACAAAUUUUUACACAACAUUUGAGAGAAACCCGUUUUUUUUUUGUGAGUAUGGAACAUUUCUGUGAUAUUUUAUUUCAGCUCAUGAAACAUUGGACCAACACUUUACAUGUUGCGUUUUCAUAUUUUUGUUCAAUGUAAUAAUUAAUUAAUAGUUGAUGAAGGUGAACUGUGUAAUAUAGUCAGUCAGAAUGUUGUUGUUCCCACUGUCCGAUGAGAUCAGACGACACCUUGUGGCCAUUACCUGUAAUUGCUAUUAUUUGCCUUUUUGUUUUGUUGUUGUUGCUGCAUUUACCCCCAACAACAAUACCUGCGUCCCAAAUGCAGACAAUUAACUGUGUAGGCCUGCGUUUCCAAAACUAGUAGGGUCUCCUGAUUUUGAAAAAUGAGGUUACGAGACAAAAUAAAAUCGUGUUUGGUUCAUAGAACCAGGGUUACGUCAGAUAUGGUUGUAAUAAACAGAGCCGUUUCUGUUUUCGUCCUACAAGUGUUGCUCUAUCUUAUGGACCGUUUAAGCUACAAAAUAUUAUGACCCCGUCACUGAAAGAUAUGACUCUCAGGAAUAUGUCUUCUGUUUCCCUCUGCAAUGUCCACAAGCCUCAUUAGAACAGAGUGGACAAGACCAGCCACUAAAUCAGACUUGGGGGGGGGGGGGGGCAUCAAUGAUGAUGUUGUGUUCUACACAGAAGAACAUACAACAUGAUUGGCUAAUGAUCUGAACUUCCCACAAUACCUUUUUCUAAAGCAUUUCAGUCACUUCAAACCAUACUUUGUUCAGAUUGACAGUAUUUCAGACUGAUUUGUACUAGACUGUCAUGGCCCCAAAAAAACAAAAAUGAUUUCUAUGAGUUCUGAUGCAGUGGUCUUAUAAGAGGAAGUGGUCGUGGGGAAACUAGCUAGAUGUCAAAACACUGAGUGUACAAAACAUGAAGAACACUUUCCUCGUUUUGAGUUGCACUGGUCAGUCUAUGUCAUGGAAACAAGCAGGCGUUGAUAAUGGUCUGUACACUCUGUGUUGUUUUUUCGUUUAGAGGGGUUUGAAUUCAGGAAGAGUACUUGGUUGGGGGGGGGGGGGAUCAUAAGCUAAAAACUUACAUUUUAUUCUCAUGUUGAUUGACUUUGAAUCUGACCGGUAGGCUACUUAUGACUUGUUGACAUCUUUUUGAAAUGAUAUGAAUGUUCUAUUUGAAAAGCAUUCAGACGCUUCGUCUUCAGUUACCUAAACGGAUAUUACUUUCCUGUAUGAAUGAUGUGAUUUUAAGUUCAAGCAUUGUUUCAUUAUUUCACCUUGUUUGUCCUCAUUUUGGCUGCUGUUGUGAUUAUUAUUAUUUUUUUACAGUGCAUCAGACUUUUUAGCAGUGCUAGUGUUUUUUAGAAAGGUCUGCCGACUGCCACAUUUGCUUGACGAACAGUUCUCGUUAAAUUAUUCAUUAUCUUUAGUCAUACAGUAUGUAGUUUUUUUGUUUUUCUAGACCAAAGUGCAAUUUUUAUGUCAUUUUGUAACAUUUUUGUUUGUUGUAUUUCCUAGUAGGCCAAUAUUAGUUAUAUAUAUAUUCUUUAAAAAAAAAAUGUUUUAACUGGAUUGAGAAGAAAAGACGGUGAAGUGAUACUGGUGUCUGUUACUUUGUUGGGGAUUGUUUUGUGCAUAAUGUUUUUAUUGACAUUAUUUUGGUGGUGUCCCAAAUUACACCCUAUUCCCGAUGUAAUGCACUACUUUUUGACCAGAACCCUGGUCAAAAGUACUGCCAUAUAUAUAUAUUUUGAGAUGUGUCCUUUGUUUUUUCCAGGUGAAGUGAGUAAUUUUACAGGUUCAUUCUGUUACGCCACCCUGUUCCGCUUGGCACUGACAGCAACUAGUGCAUGUGUACAGUGUUCAUGUGGAAAAUUUGAAUUGAAAAUAUGUGAAAUAAAAAUGUUUUGUGA